AUGGUUGUGACAGGAGCCACAGAUGGGAUUGGGAAAGCUUACGCAGAGGAGCUGGCCCGCAGAGGCUUUGCAAUCGUGCUGAUCAGCCGCUCUCAGGAGAAGCUGGAUGAAGUCUCCAAGAUGAUCGCAAGCAGAUGUGGCGUGGAGACUAAAACGAUUGCAGCGGACUUCAGUGACGUCAACAUCUACUCUAAGAUUGAGGAAGGACUCUCGGGGCUGGAGAUCGGUGUAUUGGUGAACAAUGUUGGAAUAUCUUACUCUUACCCUGAAUUCUUCCUGAAUGUUCCCAAUCUCGACACGUUCAUCGACACCAUGGUCAACAUUAACAUAACAUCGGUUUGCCAAAUGACUCGUCUCGUUUUGCCUCAAAUGGUGGAGAGGAAGAAGGGGGCCAUCCUCAACAUCUCAUCCGCCAGUGGGAUGUACCCUGUUCCUCUUCUCUCUGUCUACUCUGCCUCCAAGGCAUUUGUGGACUUCUUCUCACGAGGACUGCAGGCUGAGUACAAGAGCAAAGGCAUCAUCAUCCAGAGCGUUCUGCCAUUUUUUGUUGCAACCAAGUUGAGUAAAAUCCGUCGGGCUACGCUGGACAAGCCCACUCCAGAACGCUACGUCGCGGCCGAGCUCAACACUGUGGGGUUACAGACCCAGACCAACGGAUACCUGCCGCACGCCAUCAUUGGCUGGGUGACCACGGCUCUGCUUCCUGCCAAGAUCCUCAACAGCUACGUGAUGGGGAUGGGGUUGUCCCAGCGCGCUCAUUACCUCAAGAAACAGAAGCAGGGAUAGAUGAAGCGGCUGCGAGCGGCAGACAGAGGGGACCAUGUGUUAACGAGUCGUCCGACCAGCAGCAUCAUCAUCAUCAUCGUGGAACAAGAAGAGGGAAUGUAACGGUUUCUGAACAUCUACUCUAACAUCUGCUCAUAGAUGGUGUGAAGCAGUUUCUGGCCACAGUUGUCAGCGUUGUGAAAAUUAUUGAAUUGGGUUUUAGCGACUGAUCAGAUUUAACGAAUUACACUCUACUAACUUUUAAAACUAAUCCUCUGUCGCUUAAAAUGGUAAAAUGAAAUCAACAGGAGAAGUGGGGGUUAUAGAAACGUAUGUGUUUGCUUGUGUGCAUGUUUGAGACUCAUGAGUGGGCGGGUGGAGUAGGACGAUGGACGGAGGCUUGCACUUACUGUCAACACUUCCUACAUGACUUCAACUACGUGUUCUAAUGGAGGGAAGACGCUGCGGUAGAAUGUGUCGUGUUUACAAACUCAGUUUUCAAAUUAAUUCCAACAACUGAAGUUCGUGUUUCAUCUACAAUUCUUUAAAUAUCUGUUGUAAUGAUUAAAUCUCAAAUCCUUUGACCUGUAUCGUUGAAAUGAAACCAAACCAAAUCUGCAGAUGAGACCAAUGAAAUGAUGUUUAACCUUUUUGACUUUGUCUUUUUAAAUCUACAUAUGUUGACUGUCGGUGUUUAAACAGUUCGUCGUUAGUUUAGUCUCACGUGUGACUGGCCUGGGAUCAGAUAUCAACUGUUAAGUUAUUCUGUAUUAAUCCAAGUGGACACUUCGUACCUAAUGUUUUGCUAAUACUACUGUUAGAGUGCAGCAGCUGGGGGCUUCAGCUCUAUUAUUAUGGCUUUUCUCUGGGAGCAGUGGCUUUAGAGGUGUAGUCCUGAUACCUGGGAAGCAGAAAAAUAUCUGGAUGCUACUGUUAUGUCCUGAAAACAGAAAACUACAUUUGUCCAUCCAGCCUACAAUAAAUAUGCUUUUCAAAUAACUU